AUGGCGGGGAACGACUGCGGCGCGCUGCUGGACGAAGAGCUCUCUUCCUUCUUCCUCAACUAUCUCGCCGACACGCAGGGCGGGGGAUCUGGGGAGGAGCAACUCUGCGCUGACUUUCCAGAGCUAGACCUCUCCCAGCUGGACGCCAGUGACUUCGACUCGGCCACCUGCUUUGAGGAGCUGCAGUGGCGCCUGGAGAACUCCGAGACCGAACCCAGCCAGUACAGCCCCGACGAUCCGGAGCUCUUCCAGAUAAUCGACAGUGAGAAUGAGGCCCUCCUGGCAGCACUCACCAAAACCCUGGAUGACAUCCCCGAAGAUGUUGUGCAUCUGGCCGCCUUCCCAGCCCUGGAUGAUGGAGACGCACCCUCCUGCACUUCUGCUUCGCCUGUCCCCUCAUCUGCGCCCCCAAGCCCCUCCCUGGAGAGGGCCCCAGCCUCAGCCCCUGAAGUGGAUGAGCUCUCGCUGCUGCAGAAACUCCUUCUCACCACGUCCUACCCAGCCUCGGCCUCUGACGGCCAGAAGGAAGGGACCGCCUGGCGCCAGGCAGGCCUCAGGUCCAGAAGCCAGCGGCCUUGGGUCAAGAUGGACAGCGCCCAUGACAGGAAGGCCCGCAUGAUGCAGUCUCAGACGCGGAGUUGCACAGAGCUGCAUAAGCACCUCACCUCGGUGCCGUCCUGUCCCCGGGCUAAAGCCCGCUCCCCUGAUAGUGUCCUCCAGCCACCACCACCCCUGAGUUCCUGGGUCCCUGCCAAGGAGGAUGAGGAGGCGGGUGAGGACUGCCCGAGCCCCCAGCCAGCUCCAGCCUCUCCCUGGGAAUCCCCAGCACCGGGCAGGGCAGACCCCGGCGCCCAGGUGUCCCAGGAGGACAUGCAGGCCAUGGUGCAGCUCAUUCGCUACAUGCACACCUACUGCCUUCCCCAGAGGAAGCUGCCCGCACAGGCCCCAGAGCCAGACCCCCAGCCCUGCAGCAGCCCCGCCAAGCAGGUCAGACCCCGGCCUCGGUGCCAGCACCCUUCCAAAGCCACCUGGGCUGAGUUCUCCAUCCUGAGGGAACUUCUGGCUCAAGAUAUCCUCUGUGAUGUCAGCAAACCCUACCGCCUGGCCACGCCUGUCUACGCCUCCCUCACACCCCGGGCCCGGCCCAGGCCCAAAGACAGCCAGGCCUCUGCGGGCCACCCCUCCCCCGUGGAGGAGGUGCGGGUCACGGCUUCACCCCAGAGCUCCGGGCCCAGACCCAGCCUGCGCCCGCUGCGGCUGGAGGUGAAAGGGCACAUCAGCCGGUUGGCCAGGCCGCAGCCUGAGGAGGAGGAGGAGGAGGAGGAAGAAAAAGAGGAAGAGGACUGGGGCCGGAAAAGGCCGGGCCGGGGCCUGCCGGGGACCAGGCUGGGGCGGAAGCAGGAGAGCUCCGUGUGCCCCGUGCGGCGUUCCAGGAGACUGAACCCGGAGCUGGGCCCCUGGCUGACGUUCACCGAUGAGCCCGUGGUCCCCGCGGAGCCCCAGGGGGCUCUGCCCUCGCUGCGCCUGGCCCCUGAGGCCUACCACGUGGAGGGGGAGCUGGGCAGCCCCGCUGACGAGGACAGUGGCCAAGACCAGCAGCUCCGACGGGGACCCCAGAUCCCAGCUCUGGAGAGCCCCUGUGAGAGCGGGUGUGGGGACACCGACGAGGACCCCAGUUGUCCGCAGCUCUCUUCUGGAGACUCUCCCAGGUGCCUCAUGCUGGCCUUGUCGCAAAGCCCCACUGGUGACCCUCCUUUUGGCAAGAAGAGCUUCGAGCAGACCUUGACGGUGGAGCUCUGUGGCACGGCAGGACUCACUCCGCCCACCACGCCUCCGUACAAGCCCACAGAGGAAGACCCCUUCAAGCCAGACAUCAAGCACAGCCCAGGCAAAGACAUAGCUCCCACCCUGGAGGUUCCCCAGCUCGGGGCCGCCGCAGAGGCUGCCCGCAAGCUGCCAAAGAAGCACCCAGAGCGGAGCGAGCUCCUGUCGCACCUGCGGCAUGCCACAGCCCAGCCAGCCUCCCAGGCUGGUCAGAAGCGCCCCUUCUCCUGUUCCUUUGGAGACCACGACUACUGCCAGGUGCUCAAGCCAGACGGCGCCCUGCAGAGGAAGGUGCUGAGGUCCUGGGAGCCAUCUGGGGUCCACCUUGAGGACUGGCCCCAGCAAGGGGCCCCGCGGGCUGAGGCACAGGCCUCUGGCAGGGAGGAAGACGGGAGCUGUGAUGUCGGUGCCCCCACCAAGGACAGUACGCUGCUGAGAGACCACGAGAUCCGCGCCAGCCUCACUAAGCACUUUGGCCUCCUGGAGACAGCCUUGGAGGAUGAAGACCUGGCCUCCUGCAAGAGCCCCGAAUACGACACCGUCUUUGAGGACAGCAGCAGCAGCAGUGGCGAGAGCAACUUCCUCCUGGAGGAGGACGACGAGGAGGAGGAGGAUGAAGAGGACUCAGGGGUCAGUCCUCCUCGCUCUGACCACUGCCCCUACCAGAGCCCACCAAGCAAGGCCAGCCGGCAGCUCUGUUCCCGCAGCCGCUCCAGCUCUGGCUCCUCGUCCUGCCGCUCCCGGUCACCAGCCACGCGAAGGACCUUCAGAUGUGAGAGCAGAGGGUCGUGUUCAGACAGAACGCCAAGUGUCCGGCACACCAGGAAGCGGCGGGAAAAGGCCAUUACCCUGGUACAGGGCUGCGAAAAGCUCCUGGUGGCUGAAGGCACGCUUGCAUUGCAGUCUUACUUCGCUGCAAGCCCCACGCUGCUCCAUCCCUCUGUUCCUCUGCAGCUGCAGCCCAGAGGCGAGAAAUACGGCUUCAUCACCUACCGGUGUUCUGAGCACGCCGCCCUCUCUCUGAGGAACGGCGCUGCCCUGCGGAAACACAGCGAGCCCUCCUUCCAGCUGAGCUACGGGGGGCUCCGGCACUUCUGCUGGCCCCGCUACACUGACUACGAUUCUAAUUCAGAAGAGGCCCUGCCUGCGUCAGUGAAAACCAAGUACGAAGCCAUGGAUUUUGACAGCUUACUGAAGGAGGCCCAGCAGAGCCUGCACUGA